AUGUUACGUCGUAAGUUGAAGACGUUGACUGAUUUGAAGAGGAAAAUAAUGGACGAAUUGAAAUUGAACCCUGCUUGGUAUGACAUCAAGAUUAUUUAUCGUUACCCACAAGAAGUUCUUCAUGAACGGAUAAAUUACGGGUAUAUGGUGAUUAAAGAAGAUAAACAUGUAAAGAUGAUGUUUAAUAGGAUCCAGAAAAUGUCCCAAGUAAAUGCUGCUGAGUUGUAUGUAAGUUUGGAGGCGAGUGUAAACAACAGUACUGAGGUGGUGCAAGAAACAUCUACGGCUUUACAAUUUACAACCCUAGAUAAUGGAUGCACUACAAUGGGAGGGUAUGCAAUGGGAGGUUAUACGCUCCCAUCUCAAGAUUAUGUUGCAAAUACUGGUGAAACCCUCUACUCUCAAGAGACACAUUUAGAGGAAGAAGACGAAGACGAAGACGAAGAUCAUGCUGCGAAUGAUAACAUAAAUAAUGAUGAUAUGGAUCAGUACGAAGAGAGGAUUGAGCAAGAUGAUGAUGAUAUUGGUGUCCAGCAUGAUACGGAUACGACCAUUGGCUACAGAGCUCCUGCGGACUCAUUCUACGCAAAUACUUGGGAAGAUAUGGUUGAUCCUUCACUUCUUCAGAUACCAUUUCUUUGUAUUUGGCAAGAUGGAAUGCAUUUUUGUAAAGGGUUGACUUUUGCAAAUAAAGCUGCGGUGAAGCGUGCAUUGAUAAUAUACGCAACAAAGGAUAAUAGAAAUUUCUCCAUCCAAAGGUCGAGCACAACUCAAUUGUGCGCCACAUGCGUUGACGACAACUGCAAGUGGUACGUUGGGGCAUACAUGAAGUCUAAAUUGAAUGGUCUGUGGAUGGUUACAUCUUAUGUGGGUCCACACAGUUGUAUACCCUUUGGGCUGCGAAGAGACGGUAGAAUGAUGGAUUCUAAUUUUGUUGCAUCAGAAAUUGUGGGAAGAUUGCGAAAAAAGCACACUGCUACUAUUGAUGAGCUUUGGGAGAUCAUACGUACUAAGUAUGAUCAUGAGCUUUCUUACUAUAAAGUAUGGGACGCAAAACAAAAGGCAAUUGUUAAGAUUUUUGGGGAUUGGGAGGAGUCUUACCAAAGGUUGCGAAAGUUGUUGUUGGCAUACUUGGAUCAGGAUUCGGGUAUCAAAUGCGCCAUUCGAGAGUGGCCUAGAGGGCAAGACGGAAGAGAACGGGUAUAUCAUCGAUAUUGCCUUCGACAUGUUGCUAGCAACUUCAACACACACUUUGAUAACCCGACUCUAAAGGCAUUGGCCUUGAAAGCUGGAUAUGCGACUCAUGAUGCUAAAUUUGUGUCCAUAAUGCAAACCAUUAAGGAGGCCGAGAUUAAUUUACUGAGGGGUGUAGACCCUACUGAUCGCCGGAUUAUACGUUAUAUGCCAUACACAUAUCUAAUGAGUGAGGAUGUAGACAAAUGGACCCAGUCACAUGAUGGUGGAAGACGUUACGGGGCAAUGACAACCAAUAUCUCUGAGUGA